CAGUUGACUGCUAGCUGAUUGGACAGUGAUCGGCUGGGUCUGUGGAAUACAGUUGUGGGAUAAGACCUUUUGACUUUGCCCCUUGCUAAAGACACUCUUACCAGACGUCAAAACCACAGAGAGAAACGCGUUGAUCUGGUUGUGUGUUUUCAUUCCUGCUGGAUAGUUUCUCGUUCAUUUCAUCCGCUGCUGCUUUAAUGUUGGAAUUAUGACGCAGAGUACAGACAAGGUGUACAGUGGGAUGGACCUCUUUGACCUGCUGCUCAGGAACACGGAGGAAACCACCGGUUGUCACAGCAACCAACCAUGGACUAUGGCAAUUAAUGAAACCCAGAGGCCUGAGGGAAGUUCUGCUGAUGACUUCCUGGAUGCCCUGCUGGGUGGGAGCGACACCUCCUCGGCUCCAGCGUCCCCCCUUUGGUCACCCUGCACCAUUGACAGUGGCAUCAAUGAGGACGCCUUGACAGAGCCUAGAGAGGGCCUUCCCGUGCGCUUCUGCACAGAUUUCCCAGCCUUCGACAUGCCAUUGUUCCCUCAGCAUGCUCUUCCAAAUAACCAGCCAUCACCAAAUGAAAAAAACUCAGAUGUUUCCAUUGAUCUUGGCUGGGAGUCCGAUGACCUUCAAGAGCAGUUUGGCAUUGCACACUACCUCAGUGAGAGCCAAACUUGCAGUCAGGCUCUCACAGUGAAAGACCUGCUGCUCUCUAGCCCAGGACAGAAAGCGCAGCGAUUUCCCCAGCAUUGCCUGCAGGAGCUUAUACUAAAUGAGGAUGAGAAGAAGCUUCUGGCUAGAGAAGGGGUGAACUUACCCAGCAAACUGCCCCUGUCCAAGUUUGAAGAGAGGGUUUUGAAGAAAAUCCGUCGGAAAAUCCGCAACAAGCGCUCAGCUCAAGAGAGUCGGAAGAAGAAGAGGGAAUAUGUUGAUAGUCUGGAGGGAAGGAUGUCCGCAUGUAGUGCUCACAACCUCAAGCUGCAGAGAAAGAUCCAGCAGUUGGAGGAGACCAACAGUGAUCUGCUGGAGCAGCUCAGCCGCCUGCAGGCUCUCAUUCCUAACGGCUCUAGCCGAACACACAGAGGGACCUGCAUCCUGGUUUUGCUCCUCUCCUUCUCCCUUCUCAUUUCUUCAAAUCUUCAGCCAGACCCCUACAGUCAACCCAGCAAAGGAGAGUACACACAAACCAAAGUGCCGUCCCGCAACCUGCAGUCAGUGGAUGAAGGGCGGGGAGUCCCUCCUUUUUCUCCCUUUUUCAUCUCCAGAGCCGUUGAAGCCCUGUACAGGAUGAUGGAGAAACUCUGACGCUGAACACAGCCCCCCAGGAUCACAAGCAUGGGGAAAAUCCCUGAUCUACACGGGACCCCCAGGGGGAAAGACAUAACUAUAAAAAUGCAGACUUGCUUGCAUGCACAGCGUCCAGAUGAGCAGUCUGAAACAUUUGCAUCAUCCUUUUCCUUCUGCAGAGACUGAAUGACUUGCCAUCUGCUCCAAAACACAACUAGCUAGUUAAAAGAUGGAACUGAAAUUCACCAUCUCACUCAGACUGAGGUCUGCAAGGAGGUCAUCUAAACAUUUCUAAUUCUUCAUUUUGCUUUGGAAAAUGGAGCCUAGCGGAGCAUGUAUUAUAUACAUUAUACUGCAAAAUGUAUGACAUUUUAAACAACUACAUUUUGUACGACUACUACUGCUACUACUACUACUACUACUACUACUACUACUACUACUACUACUACUACUACUACUACUACUAAUACUACUAAUACUAAUACUACUACUACUAAUGUAUUUGAAUAUUUACUUUAAAUGUAUAUGUUGAAAUGGUUUAUCAGAAUGAUUUGCAUUUUGUAUGGUUCAGUGCAAUGCUGACAAAGCACAAGAGAAUUAAAAGUUUACUGAAAUACUUUU